AUGACUAAACUCCUGGACACGAUACCUAGACUGGUGGAAGCAAGGGAUGAACAUGGCUGUACUCCUAUCUUUUUAGCUGUUUGCAAAGGCUUUCGUGAUGCUACACAACUAUUGUUAAACAAGGGGCACUGUAACGUGAAUGCAGUAGAAAGCGUAGUUGGACUCCGUCCUCUUGCUGUAGCUAUCUCCCAUGAGCAUUUCCAUUUAGUCGAUGUCUUAGUGAAGAAUGGUGCAGACGUCAACCUUCAAGACCAUGCUGGAAAGACGUCCUUGCAGAUUGGCCUCUUUGCCCAUGCUACUCGAGGACAUACCAUGAAAGAAGAGCCAUACAUGGCCGAGAUGAAGAGGAAAUGGAGACGCAUUGGGAUCAAGACGAACUCAGAUGCUCUCCUUGCCUUCCUGGUCUCUCACGGUGGUGACCUGAAUGCAUACGACUGUGAAGGUGUGACAAUAAAGACUAUGUUUCAGCAGAGACGAGAUCCAGUACUAAAACCUCUACUAGAAAUUCAACGUCAGAGAGGGUAA